AUGGACUCUUUAAUUUCUGAGAUGGAACAGUUGUUAUUGUCUGGUAGAGAGGACUCUAAUAUCCAAGACAUUAUAGGAGAAUCUGCUGGUAAAAAUAUUGAUGAUUUGUUAAUUGAAGCUGAUAAAAUAAUUGGUGAAACACUUCCAUACUUUCAAACAUCUUCAAAUACUUAUACAAAUAAAGUUAUAACUUCAAAAGACUUUAAAAGUAUACAAAAUAAUACUAAAAUUAUACCAACACAACCUAAAGUCCAAAGGAAUGAUACAAAAAAAGUUAUUUUUAAUUUGAAUAGUAAUUCUCAAAGUACUUCGAUUCCAGAGAAACAUUCAGAAAUCCAUGGAAAAUUAGCUAUAAACAAAUGUAUUAAAGAAGAGGAAAGAAAAAAUAUUUGUUCUUCAUCUUUAAAAAAAUGUACAGCUGAGUUAAAGGUAAGCUAA